CACUCUUUAUCCAACUUUAAUGCUCCUUUGACACUUUUUUCUUCUUCUUCUUCUUCUUCUUCUUCUUUCAUAAGUCAGCCUCUCAAAGUUUUAUCUAUUUAUAGACCCCAACCUCAUUCUUCAAUCCUCAAUUCCUCCAUAUUGUUUCUCAACUCUCUCAUCUCUACAUCAAUAUUAAACAAGCUAGCUAACAUAAUUACCAAAAUGGGUCGGCCUCCUUGCUGUGACAAACAAGGUGUGAAGAAGGGCCCUUGGACUCCUGAGGAAGACAUUGUUUUGGUUUCUUAUAUUCAACAACAGGGCCCUGGCAAUUGGAGGGCUGUUCCUGCCAAUACUGGGUUGCUUAGAUGUAGCAAGAGUUGUAGGUUGAGAUGGACCAACUACCUCAGGCCUGGGAUCAAAAGGGGUAAUUUCACUCACCAUGAAGAGAAGAUGAUUAUUCACCUUCAAGCCCUUCUUGGCAAUAGAUGGGCGGCCAUAGCUUCAUACCUUCCACAAAGAACAGACAAUGACAUUAAAAACCACUGGAACACUCAUCUCAAGAAGAAGCUAAACAACCACCACCACCAUCACUCAUCUCCGGCAACCGAUCUCACCGCCGACGCCGCCGGCGAUGCCCUUUUCACCACCAGAGGCCAGUGGGAAAGACGCCUCCAAACUGACAUCCAAAUGGCCAAACAAGCCCUNAAACCGCCGCCGCCGCCGCUGCCGGCGGCAGAGUCCAAAGCACCCCAUCAUCAAAUUCCGGCAUAUGCUUCCAGCGCCGACAACAUCGCACGGUGGUUGAAGGAAUGGAACAAAAACCCACCGACGAACAAUCCUAGCCGGUCAAGCUCGUCGACGGUGGUGGAUUCCGGCGACAACGGCGGAGGGAAAAUGAAUGGGGCGGGUUUAUCGGAAUCGAUGGAUACAUUAAUGAGUUUUGAUUAUUUUGAAUCGUCAAAUUCAGAUGGGUCGCCGGAGACGAGCGUUUUUCAAGGGGAAAGUGAAAUGGAUGAAAGUGAACAAUUGUUGCCGAUGAAAUUGCUUGAGGAAUGGCUUCAUGGAGAUGCUAAAGAUUAUUACUUUGCUGAUUUUACAGUAGAUGAAAAGUUUAAGUAUGAUAAUCUUUUAUGAAAUUAUAAAUAAGUAUGUCCCUUUUUUUUCACUAGCUUAGAGCAUAUCUUGGGUUGAUUUUUGUUCCAAUUUAUCUCUUUGAAUUUUGGAAGAGAUGUGUAUUUUAUAAAAGAUUAGAGAGUUCAAAAAAAUGGUAAUUAAUCAAGUACAAUAAUAUAUUGAGUUUCUUUCUCCU